AUGACUCCGACUCCGUUUCUUCUUCCCUACUUUCUACUUUCCCUGCAUCGUCAAUCCGCUGUCCUCUCCUACCUUCGAACACGCCUGCUACUUACAAAGCACUGGCAAACCACCGAUAAUGCCUCAACAUAUUUCUCAGAUGUUACCUUACGGAGUCCAUCGAACUCCUCGCACACAGGCGAUGAAUACUCCGAAAUAUCACGAAGAGUAUCCAAAACAUCACUUCCUCAAUUAUUGGCAAUAGUUCCUCCGCCUCGGUACAUGACACCCAGCCCAGGUAAUAACGAUGCGAGAACACAACUACUAGGGCAAGGUUUAACUACAUCCAACCGCAUGUAA